ACCCCAACACUUGUUCAUUUUAUCAUAUUCUUUGAUUCUUUAGCAUUUAUUUGCACUCGGAAGAAAUAGUGGUGUGUCAUUUCGUUUCGUUACAUAAGCUUUACCAACCUUGAAAAACAAGAAACAAGGUGGUGGGUAAAAGCAUCAAAAAGAAUUAAUGGAGGGAAGUGAUAUAUACAGAGCGAGUAACAGUUUACGAGCAAGAAGUUCAACAGUUUGGAGAAACAGUGGUGUGGAAGUAUUCUCAAAGUCUUCACGGGAAGAGGAUGAUGAAGAAGCUCUCAAAUGGGCUGCACUUGAGAAACUCCCUACCUACAACCGUCUCAGGAAAGGCUUGUUAACUGCAUCUCAUGGAGUCGCCAAUGAGAUCGAUGUCACUGAUCUUGACUACCAAGAGAAACAAAAACUUCUUGAGAGGUUGGUCAAAGUAGCUGAAGAAGACAAUGAGAAGUUCUUGUUAAAGCUCAAGGAGCGAAUUGACAGAGUUGGACUAGAUAUUCCAACAAUAGAAGUUCGAUAUGAGCACCUUAAUAUUGAAGCAGAAGCUUUUGUGGGAAGUAGAGCUUUGCCAUCUUUCAUCAACUCUAUUACUAAUGUCGUAGAGGGAUUUCUGAAUUUACUCCAUAUCAUCCCAACCAAGAAGAAACACGUGACUAUUCUUAAAGAUGUUAGCGGGAUUAUUAAACCUCGCAGGAUGACAUUGCUUUUGGGUCCUCCAAGUUCAGGAAAGACCACACUUCUUUUGGCUUUAUCUGGGAAGCUUGACAAAAGUCUUAAGGUAUCUGGAAAAGUGACUUACAAUGGGCAUGGAAUGAACGAGUUUGUUCCUCGGAGAACGGCUGCUUAUAUCAGCCAGCAUGAUGUUCAUAUUGGAGAAAUGACUGUGAGGGAAACAUUGGCUUUCUCAGCAAGGUGCCAAGGGGUUGGAUCACGUUAUGGUUAGUCCAUUUUUACCAUCCUUGCCAAACUU